AUGUCCCUAGUCAACCUCGCCCACGUCUGCUCACACAUGCAAAACGCCUCCCUCGCCCGCCUCGGCCUCACCUCAAUCCCCCUCUCACGCAUGCACCUCUCCCUCUCUCUCCUCCUUCAAAAGCAAGGCUUCCUCAGCACCGUCACCCUCGGCGGCCCCACACCGCCCGCAAAACUGCUACCACCUACCCACGCCGACGAAGUCACACAGCAAAACCGCGCGAGCAGAAGAUUGUGGCUGGGCAUGAAGUACUGGGAUGGCGAGCCCGUGCUGCGCAAAAUGACGCUGUUGUCAAAGCCUACGAAGAGGAUUUGGCUAAGCAGCAAUGAGUUGGGUGAGAUUGUGAGGGGCAAGGAUUGCAAGUUCAUCAGGGGGUUGAGACAGGUUGGCGAGUGUAUCUUCGUUAGCACUGACAAGGGUAUCAUGGAGGCAAGAGAAUGUGUCGAAAGAAAGAUCGGUGGUCAGGUUCUUUGCCGCGUUUGGUAA